AUGGGUAGCGGCGAAAUCUGUGGAGGAUCAGGUGGUGGGAAGCCCAGGCGGUGGCAUCUGAGUGGAGGUCAGCACACCCAGCAGACGUGCAGAAGCAUUGGACGAGAGGAGAGGAGCGAACUUGACGGGGUCGCCCCGCUCCCACAGAAGCACAGGGUGAAAGAUGACCCAUUAAACAGGCCAUAUUGUGGGUAUGAUGGCCAGCCAAUCCAGUGGGCCGUGCCAGGGGUGGUCAAGCUGGCUGACCUAUGUCGGAUCAGGGAAUACAUGCUGCUUCUGUUCGAGACACCCUCUGGCUUUGCAGUCUUCCUUUUUUGUGGGUCACUCAUUAACCCACCUAGAUCUCUGGAGGACAUAUGGCUUAAUUUCGCUGACAGUAACACGGCAAAAGGGGUUGUUUUGCUGAUGGAGUUCCAAACUUUUGAGGACAAGUCCAGUGCCAUUAAUCAGAACACUGGUGUCAGUGAAAGGCUUGCUGACAUGAUCAGGGCGUGGCUCCCUGGUAAGAAAAUGGCAGUCGGAAAGCCUGAAUAUAAGGAAAUCAUUGAAGAGAGAUUGGAAAUAGAAUGCCUGUAUAAUAAACGGGUGAUGGAGGUAAUGUGGGGCAUACAGAAUUGCAUGCCAGGUUUGAUACCUAUAGAAAAAUCACAGCUGGCUAAAGAGGACCGCCUCCCGAUCAUGCGCGAAGCAGGUGCUGUCAUUAAGGAUGUGUCUGGCAUCAGCUGUGAGGGUUGGAGCUUACUGGACAUUGCAACAGCUCUGAAGAUGAUAUGGAAGCCUAAAAAAGUUGGCAAUUCUUCUCUGAAAAUGCAAAAGACCUUUGCGUUUCAUUUCAUUGACAAAGAAAUGUUGAAAGCUCAUGAUUAUAGGAUCUCGAAAGAAGACCUACUGAAAUCAUUGGUUGAGGGCCUGAAGAAACCAUAA